AUAACAUAAACAAAUUGUCAAUAAUACUUCGCUCAAAAGUUAAAUCUCGUAUUGCGUCAGGCAAGAUCCUAACUAAGAUUGGUACCUUUACAACAAGAUCAGAUGUUAAUGCUGAAGAAAGCGAGCUAUUUGGAGUAACUCGUGAGGGUUUGCAAAAUUAUGCCUUAAAGGCUUUAGAAUGGUAUCAGGGUGCUGAUAGAGAUCUAAAAUUCUUUUUUAAUAAUGGAAACUCGCGAACAAAUCUUUGGAAGAAAAGGAAAGCACAAGAACAACUUCAGCAGGAGGCUAAGCAGAUGAGAACUCUAGAAGAGAUGUGGGGCAUAAAAAUUUGUAAUCGAAAGGAAGUACCAUUAAUAUUAUAUUAUGAUGAAUACGAAGAAUGUGAAGAUACUAUUAUUCAGUCUCAACAAUUAAUUGAAAACCGUUAUAAUGAAUUAAAACAUAAACUUCAUGGUCUUCAAAAUGCAAAGAAAGAAAUGGCAAGUUUACAAUCUUACGAAGUGCAAAGGCUUACAUCUGUUUGUCAGUAUUUUAGAUUGUUAUUAGAUAGUGAAAAAAAAAUGAAAGCUUCGAACCAAGUUGCAAAUAUUUUUUGGAAAGAUAUUCGAAAUAUAGAUUAUAUGUCACGUUGUGUUAGAGGAUGGGCAAAGGAUUUUCUUGUUCAAGGUUCUUUGUCAAGUCAUCAACAAGGAAAGCAUUCGAAAAAGUUAUCAUUACUUAGUGAUGAGGAUAUUAGUUUAGCGGCUCGCUUUCAUAAGAGAGCUGUAGAACAACAAGUAUACUUUGAUGGGCACGAAAGAGAAGAUGUGCAAGAAUAUCGCAAAAGUUGGGCACCUAGGAUGAUAAACUAUCGAAAAAAAAUGGACCAAUAUUGUGGAGAUGAGAUGGAAAUUGUUAUUCCACCGGAACGGCUUGAGAUUUGGGAUUCGCGUUAUGUUAUGGUUACUCAUGAUGAAGUUUAUUUUUAUGCAAAUGAUGAUAUGUCAUAUGUUUGGCUUGAAGAUAGUGAAUCCGUAAUUAAAAAAAAAGGACAGGGAGGUUCUAUCAUGGUUAGUGAUUUCUUAUGUCCAUGUCAUGGUCCUUUACGACUUACAGAGGAAGAUUCUAUAUGA